ACGAGCCACCGUAUUAUGUGCUGGUGGUGAACUGCCUGGUGAACAGGCUCCUUUCACACUGUUGCUCGGAGAUGUAAGGAUUUUGUGAUACCAAAGUAUUUAUUUGUUUAUUUAUUUGUCUUUGGAGGAUACAGCCCACAAGCGAAUGAUGGUCAACUCACCGUCCCCUUUACCAGAAAGAGCCAUCUAUGGAUUCGUCCUGUUCUUGGGUUCUCAGUUUGGAUUCGUUCUUUAUUUGGUGUGGGCGUAUGUUCCAGAACCUUGGCUGCACUCUUUGGGUUUAACAUACUGGCCUCAGAAGUAUUGGGCAGUUGCUUUGCCCAUGUAUUUGCUCGUUGCCCUGACAAUUAGUUUAGUGCUACUGCUAGGCGUCAACAUGAUGAGCACUGCUCCACUUAACUCUGUGGACACUGUCACAGACAGCUAUGCUAAGAGCCAGCAGGCUCAAGAGUCUCAGAAGGGAGGUAUUCCAAGCUUAAAGGAUGUUUCCAUCAGUGAAGUGAAUCGCAUUUUCUUCCUUUCGCCACGCCACCUUAAUCACCAAGUGAAAAGUAACUUGGAAGAAGCUUGGAAAUGAACACUGUCAUUUUCUAAAGGAAUAACUUUGGGGAAAACAGCAGAGGAAGCAUACAAGCAGCAUUUCUACUGAGCACUGAGUUGGGACUGGGGUGCUAGUGCUUAGUUCACCAGGGUGCACACCCUGGUAGAACUUCAUAGAUAUUGCACAUUCUAGCAAUGACCAGGAAUGCUUGUUUUUUAGACAAUAUGGGCCGUAUUCACAAAGCCUUAAGGUCUGUUUUGAAAAAAUCCCUUAAAUAAAAAGUGCUUUGAAAAAUGAGAAUAAACUAUUUUUAUGAACUACAACCCUGAUAAAAAUGCUUACUAUAGCUACAUAUAAAUUGUGUUUCUGGGAUUCUUGUGCAGUUUUAGAUUAAGAUAAGUCUUGUACAAAGUAGGUUUUUUUUUUUUCUUUUUACUGUAUGUCAGUUUGGGGAAUAUGUCUGCUAAUGAUAAAACCUUUGCUGUGAAAUAGUACCAUGCUGUGGACUUGACAUGAAUAAACAUAGACAUGUUUCCAGCCCUGUUUGGUUGAACGUUUACAGUUGGGUUUAAAUCCCUGUUUUGUAUUUGUUUAUUUGAUAAUAGCUACAGUCAAGCGGCAUCAACGGAAUCAUUGAUAAGUCCAAGAUACUUAGGAAUGAAGUUAGCCAGGGUUAAAUACAAAACUGUUUACUCUGAAAGAUAAUGAAGAAUGGUGUGACAUCUCUUGUGACAUCAAAGAGACAACGACGAGUGGAAACUGGGGAAAAUAUAAGACCCUGGUUGUCGGUGUUAGAGGAAAGGGCUUUUGUGUUUACAUAUGUCUAAAAUAAAACUUAGUACUGUUUUUUUUAAAUUAAAUUUUUUAAUCAAUAAAAAUCUCUUCCAUAAAAAGGUUAUCUUUCCUGCUUUGUACUUUUUUCAAUAUUUGACUAGGUUGUGUGUAUGUUAUAUUAUCUCUAAGAACCAUCCAUCAAAUUGGGGUGAAACUUGGUAUUGUCAUUAAUUAGCUUGAGGGUUUCACUGUCACGCCUGGCAUUAGUUAGCAUGGGAGAAUGAACACUAUGUCCUCAUGCAACCCUCUGUAUGCUGUAUAUUGCAUGAUGAAUCCUGUUGGCACCUGGAGUUGCUUGUAAUGGUAUGGUACAUUAGAUAUGUGCCCAUUAAGAGGAUUAUAUUAAAAUGAUACAAACAUAAGCAGUAAGGGACUUGAACCCACUGGGUACAACUUUAUCAAUUAUGCUAUGCUGUCUGUGCUUUCUGCUUGCUGGAAUUGCUAAUAAUAAAUGAGCCCAUAUUUAAUUUCUCUACAAAUAGCACACAUUAGCAAUGUGCAAUAUGUUUGCACUGUGUGGCUGAUUGACAAGAUCUGUGCAUAAGCAAAUAUGCUUUACAUUUAGCAAUUGGAGUUGCCAUGGCGACCUCCUAGAUUUCUGCCAUGUGGUAGCACAAUAGCUUUUCUCUUAUUUGAAUGCACUGUGCAUACUGUGUAAUAGUGGAAUUUAAAAUCCAAUUAAAUUGGUACAAAUUAAACUGGA